UUUAUAAAGAAAAGGAAGAAAAUUUGCAUUUUGCGUCCAUCAGUCAAAAUUCAUUAUAGAAAAUCGUAAAAUUAUGGAUUUCGACGGCAAUGAGGUGGUAAUCGAUCUUUCUCCGGUCAUCCGCGUCUACAAAGACGGCCACGUGGAACGUCUCUUUGGUUCACCAUAUGUUCCGCCGUCACCGGAAGACUCCGUUACCGGUGUUUCCUCCAAAGAUCUCACCAUUUCAUCAGACCUCAAAGCCAGAAUCUAUCACCCAAAGCUCUCAAUUACCACUGCUAGUAAUAAGAAGCUCCCAAUCUUAGUGUAUUAUCACGGCGGCGGCUUUUGUGUGGGGUCCACUUUCUCUUUCCUCUCCCAACGUUACCUUAACCUCUUAGUUUCUGAAGCUAACAUUAUUACCGUUUCUGUAGAGUACAGUCUUGCUCCUGAGCAUCCUUUGUCUGUAAUUUACGAUGAUUCUUGGACAGCUCUUCAAUGGGUCACUGCCCAUGUUCUUGAAAACCCAGGAAUUAAAAAAGAACCAUGGUUAAUUGACCAUGGAGAUUUCAAGAAAAUCUUCAUCGGCGGCGACAGUGCCGGCGGCAACAUAGCUCAUAACGUGGUUCUUAGAGCUGGUGUUGAGGGGUUAAAUGGUGGUGUUAAGAUCUUGGGUGGGAUUCUUUCUUUUCCUUAUUUUCUGUCGUCGACCGAAAACAGGGGAGAUAGUUUGUUAAGUAAGAUUUGGGUGUUUGUAAAUCCAUCAGCUGAGAAUGGUAUUGAUGAUCCAAAGAUCAAUCCUUUUGUUGAAAAAGCUCCGAGCUUGACAGAGCUAGGAUGUUCGAGGCUGUUGGUUUGUGUAGCAGAGAAAGAUGAGCUGAGAAAUUUGGGAAUUCGCUAUGCUGAAGUUGUGAAAAAAUGUGGGUGGAAAGGAGAAGUAGAGGUGGUUGAAGUUGAAGGAGAAGGUCAUUGCUUUCAGAUUUUGAAUCCUGACGGUGAGAAAGCCAAACAUCUCAUCAAGCGUAUUGCUGAAUUUAUCAAACAGUGACUGCUGUGAAAAUAUAUUCCAAAAUGACUUCUUUCACAUAAUUAUCUCAAAUGUAAUUUCACAUUACUGCUCAAACAACCAGUGAUGUAAGGAGUUUCUCAUAUUUUGUUUUAUUAUUCAGAACAUGGCAAAGAUCACUCAUUGAACUUGAA